GUGAUUAUAUAUUUUGUCGUGCAAUGGAUGAAUUAAUAGAAAUUUUAAUUGAGUUGGAAGGCGAACCGUUUUUGAACGUGUUUAUUGAAAGCGGUCUAACUAAGGAAUCAUUGAAGCUCCUAAAGCCAAGCCAUUUGGAUACAUUGAUCGACACAUCGCAGUUUGGACCAAGGGUAAUUUUUGAGCAUAAUCUGCUCAAUUGGCAAGCGCAACAGGGAAUAAAAACACAAGCCAUUCACACUGAGGCAUGCGCUUUAUUGGCAAAUGAAUAUCGUGGCGAGGAAUCUUUUGAAGCAAUACUCAGUAAGUCGGCGGGUGGAUCACAAAUCCUGAAAUACUAUGCGCAAAAAAAGUGUCUCACUCCAAAGUAUAGGAAACUUCUAGCUGCAACAGUUGCAAAUUAUUUUAUUUCUGCUGAAGUACAUCCAAACCCUAAAACAUUUGAAGCUUUCGUCAAUAAAAUUGUGGAUUUAUUUACGAGUGAAUCUAAAGAUAUAUAUUACAUUCAUAAGAAAGGAAAAAAGCCAGGUGGAUCUCUGUAUGCUAAGUACCACAGUGUGUUAUUGAAACUUAGACGGGAUGUUCUUAUUUCCAAAAGAGAUGUAGAACCAACAACAAAAGGAACGGAGAUUAAUUCUUGCGUAACAGAUUGCAUUCAAGAAAAAUCAUGGUUAAAGUAUAACGUUGAACCAUUCGAUGAAGUUCAACUAAAAUGGGAAGCGACUUUUGCUGUGCGACGACAAAUGCUACAAAAAGAUGCCAAUUUAAAUACAAUUUUAGAAGAAUGGCCUCAGUAUAAGCAGAGUUUUGUGGUGCUUGUUAAAAAUUCGCAAGUGCAAUUGGAUUACGAUGAAGAAGAAGAAACUGCGACUAUUUUCGUGCAAACGUUUGAUGAAACGGACAAUGAAGAGGAUUGUGAUGAGUCUGAUAAUCGUAUCGCAGAUGAUGCGGACGAGAUUUCAGUCUGCGACGUCUUGAUCGGUGCCCAAGACGAACUCGCAACGCCUGGUCCAUCAGGAGCGGUAAAACGUAGGAGAUUGCGCUAA